UGCAUAUUCAUAGUGGCUUGAAAAAAACAACAACAACUAAUAAACACGAGUGCAAGAGCUGGGUUUAUCCACCACUACAUCCUUGUUACAUACGCUCUUUGGUUCACGCGCUUUUUACUGCUCUCCUUGUAAAACAGUGUCUCUCUUUCUCUCCCUCUCUCUCCCUCUUAGCCCAGCCCCCUUGAUCCCCUUCGUCCAUUGGUGUCUUCGGGGUCUCCCUUUUUUUUCUCUUCUCUUCCAUAGGUAGUCCAUAAUGAGUGUCCAUUGGCUUUUAUUAUGGCUUGUCCCCCUCCCACCGGCCGCCUUCGCCCUGCCCAUGUUUUGUAUGUCUCAGUUCGUCCAGCGCCUGACGUUCAAGUUCGCAGAACGUCACGUCCGCACUUGAACUUGCAGCGCAGGGGGCUUCACUAUACCCCCAUCACUCUCUCUUUGCAAAAAAGUCAUGAAGAGCUCCGCACAGCCCGCACCGCACUACGCCUCACCCUCUGUAUGAUCAGCAGCUCAUUGCUUUUUUCCUUGUUGGCUGUCAGACGCAUCAAUGAAGAUAUUUCAUUUGGAGUUUACCUUGUAGGAAAGGAUUUCCCAAUGUGAACUCAGCUGAAAAUCCGUCACUAAACCAACAUGUCUCGCCGCAAGCAGGGCAAACCCCAGCACUUGAGCAAACGGGAGUUUUCGCCUGAGCCGCUCUCAGGUGUUUUACCAGAAGAAGACUCUCAGGACUCCCCCAGUCUGGGAGUGGCUCAGGGCGAGCCCCUAAAAGGGGACCAGGACCUGCUGACCUGCGGCCAGUGCCACUCUCGCUUCCCCUUAGCUGACAUCCUGCUUUUCAUUGAACACAAACGGAGGCAGUGCCACGGUAGCCUCUGUGUGGACAAACCUCUGGACAGGCCACCAUCCUCCCCACUCGCCUCUCCUCUUUCCACAUCCUCGUCACACUCGCGGACCCAACAUCAGCACCAAAGGAGGGUGCGUCAACCUGUCGAGGUGGCUGUUCAGGUGUCACCGCAGGAUGAGGAUUGUUUAUCUGCACCCUUGCAAGGAAUAAUCCCUAAGCAGGAGAAUAUAACAGAUAAAGAUGAGCCCAGCAGUUACACCUGCACCACAUGCAAACAGCCUUUCACCAGUGCCUGGUUCCUGCUCCAGCAUGCCCAGAACACCCAUGGCUUCCGCAUCUAUCUGGAGAGCGAGCCCGGCAGCCCCCUCACCCCUCGUGUGGCUGCAGCUCCCGGAAUGGGGGGUGACUGUAAUUCCUCCCAGCCCCCCCUUCAUGCUGUCCACUUGGCUGAUGGCAGUCCUUACAGCCUCCUGAGAAUGCCGGGUUCUGGGUCUGGUCGGGAUUCAGCGUCCACGCCUCGUGAGGGCCGCUAUCCCCGAACGCCACCGCUAUUCAGCCCACCACCACGCCAUCACCUCAGCCCUGAUGACUUAGCCUUGGCAACACACCAUCCCAGUGCUUUUGACCGGGUGAUGAGGCUGAACUCUGUGCCAUUAGAAGCCCCUCAGACCAUGGACUUUUCUAGACGUCUACGUGAGCUGGCCGGAAAUGCCACAGGAGGUUCUCCGCCUCUUUCCCCUAACAGACCCAACCCUAUGCAACGGCUGCUGCAGCCUUUUCAGCCAGGUUCUAAGCCUCCAUUUUCAGCAACACCUCCCCUCUCCACCUCUCAGUCACCUUCUGGCUCACGUUCCACACCUAAUCCUGUAACAAGUGCAGUCCAAUCGACCACCCCUCUCAAAGCAAAAUCUUGUGAGUUCUGCGGGAAGACCUUCAAAUUCCAGAGCAACCUUAUUGUUCACCGGCGUAGCCACACAGGGGAAAAGCCAUUUAAGUGUCACCUCUGUAACCAUGCCUGCACACAGGCUAGCAAACUAAAACGUCACAUGAAGACACAUUGUCAGAGUAAGUCUUCACUGCUUAAUGCCAAGUCAGAUGAUGGUCUUUCAACCGCUAGCUCCCCUGAACCUGGUACGAGUGAGCUGAUGGGCAGUGCCACAGAUGCACUCAAGUCAGUGGUGGCAAAGUUCAAAAGUGAGAACAAUGGCCUUCUGCCUGAAAAUGGAGAGGAGGAGGAGGAAGAGGAAGAUGAUGAGGAAGAGGAAGAAGAAGAGGAAGAUGAGGAGGAGGAAGAAGAGGAGGAGGGGGAGGAGGAGGAAAUUGAGAGAAAGCCUGGAGUAGAAGAAGAGGGAAGGAAUGACUAUCGAUUUAGCUUGAGGCUUGAAGGGGCUCGCCAUCACCAGAACAGCGAGGCUCUGCACCCACAUCGCCGGAGCUUAUCCAGGGAGCCUGUUGAUGAAAACUCAGCCAUGGAGUCAGACCGGGCAGAUGAUGGAACCACUACUACUAUCAAUGGCUUGAGACCUCUAUCUAAUGACAACCUGUCCAGGAAGCUGUUGGGUGGAGGGGUCAGUCCUGGUUCCCUCAGUCCCCUGUCCAAGCGCAUCAAGGUAGAGAAAGACCUUGACCCUCCCACUCCCACAAUCCCAAACACGGAGAACGUCUACUCUCAGUGGCUUGCUGGCUACGCUGCCUCCCGGCAACUCAAGGACCCCUUCAUCAGCUUCACAGGUGGGGACUCCAGACAAUCACCCUUUGCCUCUUCAUCUGAGCACUCUUCAGAAAACGGCAGCUUGCGCUUCUCUACUCCACCCGGUGAACUGGAUGGGGAACGUGCCGCAUCAGUACGGAGCGGCACCGGCAGCGGGGCCAGCACUCCCCACGGUGUCAGCGGCAAUGGCAGGCCAAGCUCGAAGGAUGGUCGCCGCAGUGACACCUGUGAAUUUUGUGGCAAGGUGUUUAAGAACUGCAGCAACUUGACUGUGCACCGACGCAGUCAUACUGGAGAGCGGCCCUACAAAUGCGAGCUGUGCAGCUAUGCGUGCGCCCAGAGCUCAAAGCUCACCCGUCACAUGAAGACCCAUGGACAGAUGGGCAAGGACGUGUACAAAUGUGAAAUCUGCCACAUGCCUUUCAGUGUAUACAGCACUCUGGAGAAACACAUGAAAAAGUGGCACAGCGACCGCCCUCUGGCUAAUGACAUUAAGACUGAGUAGGCAAAGAGCAGCAUGCUGGUUGCUCUCUCUCAGCUCCUCUGGCUAAAAAGCAACCCUGGCUAACUAGCCAAUAAGUAAGGGGAAAGGACAACAGGGUUAGACACCAGUACACAGUACAGCCCUGUUUUCAUCCCGACUGGAAGAAGCUAGAUGCAUGAUCCAUUACCGGGGCAAUACUAUUGCAUCACACUUAAAACUUUUUGAGCCUUUCUAUUGUGCAAUAAUUUACACGUUUUGUAUUUUUUGUAACUGGACAGCAUGCUCUGUGUGUUUUGGCUACCUAGAGAGAAAAUUGUCCUCAGCUGGUGGGUUUGGUUGUACAUGUGUUGCUGUUUAUACUUUUGAUUUCUUCAACAUAAAAAAAUGACUUAUGAAAACCCAUGCUGCAUACAGUACAUACUGUUUUACAUAUCAUGUACAGUUUUGAGUUCAAACAUAGUGGGCAGUGUCAUAUAAUCAAAACAUCAAGACAAGCAGGGUCACACUUAAAAACUGAUCUUUGUGAAAGAUUUUCCAUGCAACAUUUAGUUAUGAUAAAUAUAUAUAGAGAGAAUUAGGCUGCCUAUGAAAUGCUAGGCACUGGCGCCAUUAAAUAUUUCUUUUACAAACAGCAAUGAAAUUAACAAUAUGGUGUGAAAUGACAACAACGAGUGCCUUGGAUAUUUUACCUGCAUUAGUUAAUCCUCCUUUUUGCUAUAAGCUCGGAGUUUCAGCUAUAAAAGAUUACACAACAUUUUGUGCACAUAUGAAAUAAGCAGGUCCUUGCAUCAAGCACCUGUACGACCCUUGUGUUUUGUUUGACUUAGUGGAGCAUAGAGAACCAGCUAAAACAAAAAGAAAAAAAAGAAAAAAAAAAGAUUACGUGUAUCUCUGGUGAAUCAUUUAUCUGCUUUCCUCCUGUAGAUUUUUUUUUUUUCAAGAUUACAGUUCUGUUUACGGGCAUGUUACAUGCUUAAAGGGGCAGGAGUUUGGUGUAGAGUUUUGGUAUAGGUGAAUAUGUUUUUUGGUACAUGUGUACCGUACUGAGGGGGUACUCUGAUGAGUUGUUUUACCAACAUAAAGCUCUUAAUUUUCCAGAGUUUAUUUUCUUUGAUAAUUAAACAAUUUGCAGGUGUUUUUUGUAAGUAACACAGAGUAAUGUUUCUUUGGUGUCCGCCAACAGCCACUUGAAGACCCCAGUGUGGGAUUUAGUUGUUGUAAGCCAGACAGAUUUUUUCGGUUGAGGGUUGGGUGGGUGUAAGAGCAUAAGGGUGGAUGAUGUUCAGGGUAGUGAGUGGGGAGUGGGUUUACCAGGUGUCUCUACAAUUCAAAAAUCUAUGUCGCUGUAGUGUUAUUUCCCGUCAGGGUAUUAGAUAUUAGAAACUGUUUAGCAAUCCAAAUUUUCUUUAACAACUCACACUGAAAUCCAAAAUGUGAUUCUAAAUCAAAGGACAAGAAUAUGGAAAAAUUAGGAAACUUUCCCUCGCAGACACGGUUUUAAGUUUUCACAUUUAGUUUUCUUUUCGUUUGUCUAGACGUACGCAUGGUAGCCAUGUUUUUUUUUAGUCUUCACUCCCUGUCAUUGUUGAUGAUAUAGCACUUGUCACUCUGCCUUGGAUUCUGUAUCUGUCUCUCUAAUCGGAGGUACAGUCGGUUGAGUAUAAAAUGAGUACCGGAUUUCAGAUCUGGUACUGCCUACGUGCACUGUUCAAUUUUCCCAGUUUACAGUCGGACGCUCAAGGGAAAACUAGCUCUUAUGCUGACAGAUUAGUGUGGUGUCAUUGCUUUGCAUUAAAAUAAAAAAAAGAAAAAAAAAAGAGAAAAGAACGUUGAACUAGAAACUGUUGCCAGCCAUGUCUCCUUCUGAGAACUAAACAUAAACGGUUUGGAUCUUGGAAGUAAUAAUGCAGGAACUGCCAUAGAAACAUCCUGCUUCAUACUACAAACUAUAGAAAUAUACUGCUCAGUAUAGAAAAAUAAAAAUUCUACAAAUUUGAUUUAAACAGAUAAGUAAAAUGUGCUGUUGAUUUUUUUUUAAAGUAAAACAUCAAUAUCUUUAGGGGAGAACCUUAUUUAAAUUUUGUUUGUUUAUUGUUGUUUCUCUUUUCUGUCCUGGAGACACCCAGGACUUGAUCACUAUGUAAUGAACUGUAAUGUCUCUCAUGUUUUUUGCCUUUACUAUACACAAGUCUUCAGGUUGAACAAAAAUUUGCAUUGGGGAGAGAUUUAUGAUAUAUAAAUAUAUAGAGAGAACUUAAAAUACAUAGGAAAUUGCACACUCAUGUAAGUUCCUAUGUUCAAAACACAUUUAUGGUCUACUUUUUUUCCUGUAUUUAGAAUGGUAUUUGAAAUUAAUGUUCACUUAGUGUAGGCACUUAUAGUAUUUAUGUUGGAGCCUGUAUUUUUAACUGUUUUGCCUGUACUCUUUAAAGGUUUCAAUGUACCCUUUUUCUGUAGUGAAAAAAAAAAUCCCAACAAGCUGCCACCGUAUAUUUUCUUAAUUUGGCAGGAUAAUAUAGUGUGAAUAAUUUGUAUGCUUGAAAAUAAGUAUUUCUGAAAAAUAAAAUGUUGUGGUGUUCCCCAAGGGUGAGAGGUCAUAUGAUGGCCUUUUCAGGCAGUCCCGCUGGAGUGACCACAAUGAGGUAAAAACAGGUGGUUGUACAUAUCUUUUUAGUUUGUUUUAUAUAUUUUUCUCUCCUGCCAUUUUAUAUGCAGUAAUACAAGCUAUUGUUGGGUUUUCUUGGUAGAAAAGUUUUUACUGUCUUUGAUCAUGUACCACCUAAAAACAUUCCAGCUGUUUUGCUUUUUUUAAGGACAUUUUGUCAUAUGCAAUCAAUUCAACAUUAAUCUGAAAGAUUUUUUUUUUUUUUUUUGCUACAGAUUGUUGUUUUUUUCAUUGCCAAAAGAUCCACGGUGCUUUAUAAUUUAAAUAUGGUACAUCUCAUAUGCAAGGCAUAUUCUAAAUAACUGAAAUCAUGCGAAGAAAAGUUUGGUACAUGUUAUCCAUGCUGACGGUACUAAGGUACAGAUAGGUUUUCAACCUAAUUUCAUCCUGUGUAUUUACUCUCAAGCUGUUUGUCCUAACCUGAACUUGAAGUUGACCUUUGGCAUUGGUUGACAUUAUUUAUUAUGACUACACACACGCAUGUUCCAUUCAGAACACAGUCACUGCAAAACAAAUCUGUUCAGUUUUCUCUCUCCUGAUGAAGUGUGAUGGCUUAAUUUCUAUGAUGACCAAAGGUCAUUGACCAACAUUUACAAGUUCUUGCUUGAAUUAAAGAAUUUAUUGUUGUUUUUUUUUCAGUUAUGGAGAUGCCACUCUAUUUUCAGCCGUUGUCUGCAUUAUUCUCUUCACUCAGCCAUUUUGUCUUGAAAAAUAAUAAAAAGUAUUACAUACAUA